CUGUGGUUCUAUCUUAUUAAUAAUUUAUUAUUCAGUUAUUUAUCGUGUGUAGCAAUCUUGUUGUUAUAAGGUUAUAACUUAUAGUGUGUAAUCUUAUAUCCAUUGUAUAAACGAAGCAAAUACCAUUGGCUUUGAAAUUUAUUAAUGGUAUAAAUAUAUAUUUCCCAGAACAAAACAAUCGUAAUCAAAUUCGUGACUUUUGAGUURCAGUAGGAAUUCCUAUAAAAUUAUAAAUAUGGGAAAGUUGAAUGUGGCUAUGCUUCGUUAUUUGACACGUGAAGAUUUCAGAGUUUUGACUGCUAUUGAAAUGGGAAUGAAAAACCAUGAACUAGUUCCAGCUACAUUGGCUGCUUCAAUUGCAAAUCUACAUCAUGGUGGUGUACACAAAAUCUUAAAGGAACUCUGCAARCAUAGACUUUUGUCAUAUGAGAGAGGAAAACAUUGUUAGUAUAUUGGUUUU